UCCCCUCACUCCAGGCUAUUCAUGAGGAUGCACAGGUAACACAACACUGACAGCACUUUGGGAUCAGAUCCACCUCCCAAAACCUCAAGGAAUUAUAUCAAGAAACUUUGGGGGAUUUUUUUCAACCUUUUCCACUUUCAUCAAUCCUAAUAUUUAUCAAACAAUGGCCAAUGCAGGUCUACAGCUGCUUGGCUUCACGCUGGCCUUUGUGGGCUUCAUCGGCUCGAUAGCAUCCACAGUAAUGGUGGAAUGGAAAGCUUCGUCCUAUGCAGGAGACAACAUCAUCACAGCUCAGGCGUUGUUUGAGGGGCUGUGGAUGACCUGUGCAUCGCAGAGCACCGGUCAGGUUCAGUGUAAAAAGUAUGAUUCACUCCUCCAGCUACCAGGGAUUGUUCAGGGCACACGAGGGCUGAUGCUGGCCUCCAUCUUGCUGAGCUUCAUUGCGAUCUUGGUGGAGGUGGUGGGCAUGAGGUGCACAACCUGUAUGAGAGAUCAAACGGAGCAGAAGGACAAAGUGGCUCUAGCUGGAGGAGUUAUCUUCAUUUUCGCUGGUCUGCUCGCUCUGGUGGGAACAUCUUGGUAUGGUCACAGAAUAGCCAAGGACUUCUACGACCCAUUCACUCCCACUAAUUCCAGGUUUGAAUUUGGAAGUGCCCUGUUUGUUGGAUGGGCAGCUGCCUGUCUCAUCAUUAUAGGAGGAAGCUUCCUCUGCUGCAACUGCUCCAGCAAGGACUCAGGGAAAUCUCCACGCUACCCACCGUCCCGCUCUGCAGGCCGGCCCGACAAGGACUACGUCUAGGACAAUUACGCCAUCUCGGAUAGAAGAAUCUCAUCUUUAGAGGGAAUUUUUUGCCAUUCAGAUUUUUUCUUUUAACCCAUUUGGUAUAAAUCUGCUGAGGGUGUGACUG